AGCUCCCCUGGAGCCCCUAUUCCUGGUGUCCCCCCCUGGCAGGGGAAGGGGGAACAAGAUGGACCUUUCAGCCCCCUCCGUGAAGGAUGUAAAGUGGAGCUCGGCCUCGUUCCCCUUGGAUCUGAUCGUUAGCUCCUACCGGCUGCCCCAACUUGUCAGGCUGGACGGUGGAGAGAACAUUGAAGGUCUCCGGGAGAAUGAUUAUCUCUUGAUACACUCAUGCCGGCAAUGGACCACGAUCACAGCUCACAGUUUGGAAGAGGGGCAUUAUGUCAUAGGCCCAAAGAUCGAGAUUCCUGUACACUAUGGAGGGCAAUUCAAGUUGCUUGAGCAAGACCGGGACAUCAAGGAGCCAGUGCAGUAUUUCAACAGUGUGGAGGAGGUGGCUAAAGCAUUUCCUGAGCGGGUCUAUGUUAUGGAGGACAUAACAUUCAACGUCAAGGUUGCAUCAGGAGAGUGCAAUGAAGACACCGAAGUCUAUAACAUCACGCUGUGUACAGGAGAUGAGCUCACGUUAAUGGGCCAGGCUGAAAUUCUGUAUGCAAAAACAUCCAAGGAGAAAUCACGUCUGAAUACCAUUUUUAAGAAAAUUGGAAAAUUGAACUCAAUCAGCAAAUUGGGUAAAGGCAAAAUGCCUUGCCUGAUCUGUAUGAAUCAUAGAACUAAUGAAAGCAUCAGCCUUCCAUUCCAAUGCAAAGGGAGGUUUAGCACUCGCAGCCCUCUAGAGAUUCAAAUGCAAGAAGGGGAACACACAAUCCGUAACAUCGUAGAGAAAACACGACUGCCUGUGAAUGUGACUGUGCCUAGCUCACCUCCCCGUAACCCAUAUGACCUUCAUUUUAUUCGGGAGGGACAUCGGUAUAAGUUUGUCAACAUUCAAACCAAGACUGUUGUUGUUUCUUGUGUGCUUCGUGGCAGCAAAAUCAUUCCCAUGCAUUUUCCUUUACAUUUGUCUGUUCCAAAGUUUAGCCUUCCAGAAAACGUAGCGAAAGGUGAAGUGUGGCAAGAGUCCAUAGUUCAGCAUUUGUACAACAUAUGCCAAGAACAGUUCGAUAUUGAGGAAUAUUCCCGGGCGGUGAGGGAUGUCAAAGUAGACUGGAAUGAAGAAUGUAAGAGUCCAAAAAAGAGCUAUUGUUCUGGGCACAGUCACAUACCCAACUCACUAAGCUAUGCCCGUGAUGAACUGACCCAGUCUUUCCAUCGACUUUCUGUCUGUGUUUAUGGAAACAAUCUGCAUGGAAACAGUGAGGUUAACCUGCAUGGUUGUCGGGAUAUUUGUGGAGAUUGGGCAGUGUACCCACAAGAUUCUCCACAGUACCAGGACUCUGGUGACAGUGGAAGUGAUUACCUCUUCCCUGAAACAGGCGAGGAAUCUGUUAGUCUACCAGCCAAGCCAGAGCUUGCCUAUGAGGAGCUCUGGCUAGAAAUGGGAACAGUAAAGCGAGGAGGACAGCCCCUCACCCGUUCACAAAGUGAAAAGAACAAAUGUGAUGCUUUUCAGGGGUCACUUCAUUCCAAAUGUGGCACAUCUUCUCAGUCAUCUCCCGGAUCUCUUCUGACCAGCAAGUGUUGUGAUAUACCCUUACCUCCACCUCCAGUGCCUCCCAAAUCAGAAGCUGUAAAAGAAGAAUGCAGACUUCUGAAUGCUCCACCUGUGCCUCCACGCAGUUCCAAACCAUCGUCCCCCACCCCAUCUGUUCCACCGCCAACAGGAAAAAUAGCACGGCAACAAACACGCUCUCCCAGUCCUACGCUUUCCUACUAUUCCUCAGGGCUGCACAGCAUAGGUGUCACAGAGAAUGAAGUACCCGCCUCUUCGGACAAUGCCCAGGUUUCGUGCUAUCCCUGUAAUUGGAUCAAGAAUGAGACAAAUGAUCUUGAAAGCUCCUUGUCUUGCGGGACAGCACCAUCUGAACCCCUUCCUUCUCGCCUGUCCUGGCCAAACCGUUAUUGUGGUGGGGCUGAAGGUAUGAACGCAAAGGACUUGCUUACAGAACAGUGCCGCAGUUAUUACAGCUAUCCUCGACAAAAGACCCCAGCCACGCCAAAGAGAAGUUUUCCAUCCCCAUUUGAUUUUAGUGUGGGAGAUUCUUUAUCAGGUUGUCCACAAGUGACACCAAAUGAAUUUGCUGACAUCUCUGCAGGGUGCCCAAAGUCUGCAAGCUACUCGCUGGAAAGCUCCACUGAGAAUGUUCUAUCUGAUAACCGCACAAAACAAAGUUUGUCCUGUCCAGCAUUACCCCCACGGGCACCUAAGUCAAAUGAUGUUAACACAGCCCAAGAGCCACUCUCCUUGUCUAUGAAAAUAGAUGGAGCAGAGGAAGAAUCCCAGACUUGCUCGCCUGAUAUUACAGAAGAACACUAUAUGGCUAAAAAGGGCAUGCAGGAUAUUUUCUCUAUUUCAUACCCAUUUUCCUCUCCUCUUCACAUGCAACUAGCCCCCAGGUCAUGUGGCGAUGGCUCUCCCUGGCAGCCGCCCUCUGACCUUUCUGGACUGUCAAUUGAAGAGGUAUCAAAAUCGCUUCGAUUUAUUGGUUUGUCAGAAGAUGUUGUGUCCUUUUUUGUUUCAGAAAAGAUUGAUGGGAAUUUACUGGUCCAGUUAACAGAGGAGAUUCUUUCAGAAGACUUUAAAUUAAGCAAACUGCAGGUCAAAAAGAUAUUACAGUUUAUUAAUGGUUGGAGGCCUAAGAUGUAGAUAUAAAAGUAUAAAAAAUGGUACUGAACAAAGCUAUAAAAGAGCUUGGCUGUAAGGCCGAUAUAUGUACAAUCUGAAAUUGUUAUUUUGCACUAAAAUAAUACUAUUGGCUGUGUAUAGUCCUACAAAAGAAGAAAAUCUUACUAUGCAGUGAAAGGUACGAGUUGUAGUUGUAUCACUUAGUACUGUACGUCAAUGCAAACAUUUAUGACAACACUCAGUGUGCCUCGUGCAUCACUGAAAAUUCAGCCGCUGCUACAAACCAUUUAGAAAUGUUAAAGGGAAUUGUUAGUUUAUAAGCUUCAAUGUCUACAGAUGUAAUAUAUUGAUAGCCACAUCUUACCAAUGUAGUUAUCUCUUGUUUGGAUACAGUUGAAUCAAACCCUUUUAAAACAACAAAACAGCACUUAAAUAUAUUCAGCUUUCAUAAAUGUAGGGAGAGCAGUUCACGUAUUGGGGGAUGGAAAAAAAUAUCCCAAGUCCAGUGCUUUACCACCUGAGAAACGUUUGUGGUCCUGUACGCUGAAGAUUUUGAUUUAUUCACUCUUAUGGAUUUGUGUACUUGAAAUA